GCUAAAGCCCAAUAGAAUCAUGGCGCGCGAAUAUGGACACAUAUUCAAAUUUUAAAAUGUUCCAUUUAGUAUAGUUGUGUGUUUAUAUAUUAUGUGGUGAGUUAAAAAUGCCAAAAUUUAAAUUGAGGAUAAAAGUAUCUUUAGUUUAGUUUUUGAAUUCUAGUUGUGAAACAUAUUCUUGGUGAUUCGUCCAGAGAUUGUUUCUACAUACGAAAAAAAAGAAAAUUAUUUGCUACUUUAUGUUUCUUGUUUCCUUGCAUCUAGUUACUCUUUACAUUUUUUUUACAGAUCGUUUGGAUGAAUUAAUUGUCAAUUUGGUAUUGUAGAGUCAAAUAUCUUAUUGAUUAUUCAUGUGAUAUUUGAAUGUUAUUUUAGUGAUAGUUGGAUUAAAAUAUCUCGUUUGGUUGAGCCAUACACAUGUGGUAUUUGGAAAAAAAUAAAGAGGCAAAACUAGUUAUUUCAAAAUAACUAGGGGUAAGAAUUAUUUGUAAAUAACUCUCAAAUAACUCAUUUGAAUAAAAUGUUGCCAAAUAAGUUAUUUGGAUCCUUUCAAAAGAUUCAACGACUCCAAACUCCUCAGCAGAAAUCCUUUUUGGGCAAAUCUUAUUAUCUCUACUCUAUAUCAACUAAUAACAAUCUGAGGAUGGGUAGUGGAUUAAAUAAAACAUUCAUGUUAGUUCUUUUGUACAAAAUUGGUUAAUAGUGUAUCUAAUGGAUUAGGAGUUGACCAAGAAAGUUCACUUAGCUAGAUUACAUUUCCUGCUUCGAGUAGUAAUCGGCGAUGAAACAACAUUUUAUAACAGUUAUAUAACAUUGUUAUAGAAUGUAGCUAAAUAAAUUUUUCAUAAUGAGUGGUCUAAUAACAAUAAACUUAUGAUAAAAUUGCAUGUAGGGGAUUGUUAUUAUGUAAGCAAAGAUAUUACAUGAAUCUUUCUUAAUGAUUAACACACUACAUAAAACUUAUGAACGUGUUAUAAUUUUGUGUGUAAUUAAACAAAAAUAUUAUGCAAGUCUUCCAUAUUGAUUAAACACUACGUAAACCUUAUGCAGGAAUAGUUAUUUAUUAUGUAUCACUUAAACAAACGGAUGAUAUAUGUUAUUCGUGAUGAUUAAUAUAAUACGUGAAAUUUAUGUAGGUAUUUUAUCAGAAUAAUGUUGUGAAUUAUUUGAUUUCAAAUAAAUCAUUAGUUUCUUACCACGGUAGAGAAUCAACCAAAAAAACUAGUAAGCAUUAAUAUCUUUAGUUGUUAUGUGUACAAAUGGUAACUAAGACAGUUGAAUGACUAAUAUUGACAAAAAAAAAAUGUUAACCCGACUACAGUGUCAGCAAGUACCGCUUUGUCGUCUUGGCGAAGACAGGGCUAGCUGUAGAUGGGAUUUUCAGAUUCGGCAAAGAGAAGCUGUUUGUUCUCUCCCAACUAUACUAUAGAGGAAUCACCCCUCGAGUGUUCUCUCACUGGUUGAAAGGAGGGGACACUUAAGGUGGUAUGUUCGUACUUGGAGAGGUUUCGGCGCCAGGAAUGGUCUACACUCCACUUGUCCCAUGGCAGCCCCUUUACAGUGUUCACCUUGAGAGCAUUGUAGCUAAUGGAAAGCUGCUACCGGUGGAUCCUCGAGCCUUCACACCUUCAACUGGUCGUGCGACAUUGCUCGACACUGGAACAACAUUUGCAUACCUCGUGUCAAAAGCCUACGAUAUGUUUGUUAGUGUUGUAAGCAACAAUCCCUUCCCUAGCCUUAGAACUGUAUAGUAUGAUGAUGCUUUUUAAACUUCCUGAGCAUUCUUUCCGAUGUGUUUAAAACUGACGACUUACUGAAAUUCUAGGUUACUAAUGUAGUCUCAAGAUUUGGGACUCUUAGAGUAAUUAAUGGAUGACAGUGUUACGCGAUUAGUUCCAAGUUUGACAUCAACCAUGAAAGAACUGGUUUCACACAUAGGUUUGUUAUGUUAUUUCUCAAACGUGUAUUAGACCUUCAUCUGCAGACUGUUACCUCCGGUGAGCUUGAACUUUCCUGGCGCUGUUUGUUUGGAAUUGAAGAAUAUAUUUUCCUUUCCAAUGUAAGUAGAUACACUUAAAAGUCAAAACAUUGGAUAUACAAUUAAAACCUUGGAAAACUCUCUUAAGGCAACUAGUUAUACAAACUGCCUUGCAACAGGAUGGUAGUAUGUGGACUGUGGUGCAUAGGUUUUCAAAAGGCUCAAGGUCAAACCAGUAUGUUGAAAACUCUAUUUUUGGAAUUUUAAGUUGAACAUUUGAAUAUUGAUGUUAUAUGAGUGUGUUUGAAUUUUCACUAUAUGUUGGACCCAAGUACAAACUAUUAUUUUGAUGUAAUGUUAUAUGUUAAUACUCAUAUGUUAGAUGAUAUUUUAUACAAUUUAUAAACCUAUAAACAAAACAAUAACGUUUUUCAUAUAUAUGAACUAAAACGAUCGGACCAUCAACCCUCAAUCCACUUACUCUACCAGAUUAACGAGCUAAUAUGGGUUGACGACCUUGGCAGGGGCCUAAGUUAGAUGUCAGUUUACCAUAACUUCAUUAAAGAGAGAAGAAAAUUUGACCAUUGUGAUAUUCGGUAUGUUUUUUUACUAAUAAAAAAAUGUUCAUUUCGUUCAUUAACAAAAAAAAUCGAAAGAAAAUUAUAUUGAGAGAUAUGGUACCAUAAGCAGUAAAAUAUAGUACAAGUGAGUUAAGCUAUUUAUACAUAUGAUGUUUUGUAUGUCCUUUUAGCAUAGGAGUGUACUUAAAAGUUUGGUAUUAGCUAUAAAAUAUCAUAAAUAUAUAAUUUAAAGUGAAUAUAAAUAUAAAAAUUAUUAGAAUAUCAAUUUCAUUCCUUAAAAAUAUGUUCAUUGUGUGAAGCAUUAAAUAAAAGAUAAAGAAAGAGAUGACUCUAUAAUAUUAUAAGACCAUGAGGGGAUAGGAUACUAUGCUAACCCCUAAAGGGGUAGUGAUUUUUGACACCCCCUUUAUGAUUGGCCAAUUUUAUUUCCAAUCAUUGGCAAGUAUUAAUUAAACUGGUUUUUUAUUUUUUUUAAUCUUGUAAUUUGGGGUCUCUCACCACAUUGGAAAAGAGAAAGAAUCUGGGGAAAAACGAAAUCACCCCCAUUAAUUACAUAAUUAAUUUCUCUCACUGGUACAUUAAUUACACGUACCACUCUACUGGUACACGUACCACUCCACUGGUACACGUACCACUCCACUGGUACACGUACCACUCCACUGGUACACGUACCACUCCACUGGUACACGUACCACUCCACUGGUACACGUACCACUCCACUGGUGCGAGCAAUCCACAAGGUAGGUUAGAGUGAGAACAAUACCAGUGCAAUGAUAUUUUUCAUAACAAUGAUAAACAAUAACGGAGCAACAAUGCAGUACCACUUCAAUGAUACAAAUACCACUCCACUGGUACACGUACCACUCCACUGGUACACGUACCACUCCACUGGUACGUGUAAUUAAUGUACCAGUGAGAGAAAUUAAUUAUGUAAUUAAUGGGGGUGAUUUCGUUUUUCCCCAGAUUCUUUCUCUUUUCCAAUGUGGUGAGAGACCCCAAAUUACAAGAUUAAAAAAAAAUAAAAAACUAGUUUAAUUAAUACUUGCCAAUGAUUGGAAAUAAAAUUGGCCAAUCAUAAAGGGGGUGUCAAAAAUCACUACCCCUUUAGGGGUAGUCAAGCUAACCGAACCCGACCAUGAGCGAGAAUUGUAAAUACAUUUAGUAUGUUUAUGGGGUAUUAACCAAUUCUAACUAACUAUGCGUGGCACAUAACAGAAGUAACGUCCACGAGCGUCAACAAUUACCACAAAGUACUUUGAUAAAAUGGGUUGACUUUUAGUAUUGACGGUCAACCAAUAAGUCCGUCAAAAUCUAACUAUCAUGUUCUAAAUUCAUGCAUUUAUGCAGCAGCAAAGAGCGGCAAAAAGUUGAUUUAUCUAUUGAAUUUUUCUUUCUUUUUUACUUCCGACAUAUUACAAUUUACAAGUGAUGGGCUUGUAUAAUUUUUUUAUUAUUAAUCACAUAUACAUUACUGCAAAGCACGACCAUUGAUUUUUAGUUUAUAUUUAGAAGUGAAAAACACACAACUCGUUGAUCAAGUGACGAAGCAUAUCCGAACAUGAUGGAAAAUACUUACUUCAAGUUGUUUUUUUUUUUGUUAUGCUUUUGGUUUUUACUAUUUCUGUACGUAUAAUACCAUUCAUAUCAUAUGAUUGCACAUAAGAUAGUAUAUUGUGAUGUCCUUUCUGUGCAAAAGAGAGGGUUAUAUCGUACAUACAAGAGUCUUUCAAUUCUUACGGUAUAAUACCAUUCAACAGUUGAUUAUUCACGCAACACAUGUAUUGAUACUAAGUGUGAACAAAAAGAGUCUCAAUCCAACUCACUCGUCCAAUCCGACCAACCCACUUGUAUUUAUCGAUAAAUUAAGGUUUAAGUCUGGAUGUAGGUUUUGUAUUGUACAACCCGAUCCUUUUGGGCGAGGUGUGAAUUUUGGGUUACACAACCUGCAGAUCCCGACCCAACACGUGUUCCAACUAUUGACACGAAUAUUCGUAUCCAAAACAUAUUUGUGUCGUAUAUAAGCAUAUUUGUGAGAAAAUUAAGAUGCUCACCUACAUUUUUCUCUCGUAGUCUCACUAAACUAAUGCAUUCUUCGACUUAAAACUUAGACGUAGAUUUAACAUAUGCUUAUGAUUCACAUAAUAUUUUUCUCUUUUGUAUAAUUUUAGAAGAAUAAUAUAUUAUUGAUGCGUUCAUUUAUAACAUCUUUAGCUUAUUUCGGCAAAUGUUUGUGAAAAAAUCUAGACAUAUGUUGAAGCAAUUCGUGUUUUAUUACAAUCCAAAUAACAUCUAUGCAUUUUGAUACUUUUCACAUCGGUUUAUUCAUUUGGAAUUUAAUUAGUUACAUAAUAUUUUUAUGGUGUAAGAUAAUUUCUUUUUUGUAUUAGGUUUAAGUUUUACUUAAAAGUAUCACCAACCCUGACCCAACCCAAUCCAAAUAAUUAUAAACAAACCGUAGAGUUCUAAUUUGUUUAAGUGGGGUUGGAUUUAGUAUUUUCAAAAUCAUAGUGCAUGGAUCAGGUAAUUAAAAUGGCUAAACCCGAACCAUCCAACUCAUGUGCAACCCUACAUACAACACACUGGAUAUAUUUUAGUUGUAUGAAUACCUCAAAUGAGUAAAUGACCGUUUUAAUCUUGAAAAUCUUUUGCUUGAUGCCCCAAGUCAUGUGGUAUAACUAUAUACUUAUUCCCAAAUCUUUUGCUUUAUUUUUUUUAUUGGAAUCAUUAAAAAAAUUCCUUCCAAAAAUUCUCAGAACAUUGAAUAUUUAGAAUAAAGUGUGAUUAAAUGA